CCGCGCGGACGCCGCCAAAGUUUGCUCCUGCGCCCUGGGCAGGGCGGCCGCUCCGGGCCCGCGAGCCGCACCUGGGCGCCGGAGCGCGGAGCCCGCGAUGUGAGGCGGCGCCGGGCCGCGCGCGCCCCGGUCCCGCAGGCGCCGGCCCCUCCUCGCCCGCGCGGCCGCUAAUUGCGAGCGCGGCCUCAUUUGCAUAGGCCGCCGGAGUCCGCUGGAGGCCGGCCAAUCGGCGCGGCCCUCCGCUAAUGGCCAUGCAUUAUUCACCAGCCUAAUUGCUCGGCCCCAUGCGCGGCCCGCGCAGCCGCCGCCGCCUCCGCCCGCGCCCCGCGCCCCGCGCCCGCCCGGCCGCCCCGCGCCGUCCCCGCCGGCCGCCCCGCUGAUGCCGCUGCCCCGCUAGCAGCAUGUCUCGGCGCAAGCAGGCCAAGCCCCAGCACCUCAAGUCCGACGAGGAGCUGCCGCCGCCGGACGGGGCUCCCGAGCACGCCGUCCCGGGUGAAGGCGCCGAUGAAGGUGACAGUGGGAACGAGGGCAGGAGUGGAAGCGAAGAAACCAACGUGUGUGAGAAGUGCUGUGCGGAAUUCUUCAAGUGGACAGACUUCCUGGAGCACAAGAAGAGCUGCACUAAGAACCCACUGGUCUUGAUCGUGAGCGAGGAUGAGCCGGCACCGCCCUCGGAAGAGUUUCCAGAACCUUCUCCGGCCAGCUCUCCCAGUGACCAGACAGAGAGCGAGGCUGCCGAGGAGGCGGCCCCCCCUGAGAACGGUGAGGGCGUUGACGUGAGGGCCCCAGAAAAGGAGGAAGAGCCCAUGGAAGCAGAUCCCUCUGGAGAAAGAAGCUUCCAGAACCCAGGCCCCUCGCACACAGGGAAGCCGCCUCUACCUCAGAUCCCCGAACCGGCACCUGUGACCACGUACAGCAUGCCAAACACUAAUGUGACGUUAGAGACCCUUCUGAGCACCAAGGUGGCCGUUGCACAGUUCUCCCAGAAUGCAAGGGCUGCAGGCAGUGUGGGAUCCAGCAGUGGGGUGACCACAGUGGCCAUCCCCAUGAUCCUGGAGCAGCUGAUGGCCCUGCAGCAGCAGCAGAUCCACCAGCUGCAGCUCAUCGAGCAGAUCCGCAGCCAGGUGGCCAUGAUGAACCGCCAGCCCCUCAGGCCACCGCUGAACCCCGGGGCAGCCUCAGCGGCUCAGAACGCCCCAGUGCCAGCCUCCAGCCAGCUCCAAGGGCUGGCCACCCAUUCGGCCCUGCAGCUCUCUGCCGGGGCCCCCUCUGCCCCCACAGCGCCAGGCCCUGCUGCCCAGCAGGUGGCCUACGAGGGCCCCCAGCACCUGUCACAGCCGGCGUCUGGAGCAAGCACCCCACACAUUCCCAGUGGGGACCCCUCUGUCCCCGAGUCCGGCGGGCCGGUGUCCUCCAGUGCAGCCCCGGCCUCCGCCGCCCCGGCCCCGGCGGCCAGCGCCUCCAUCAGCUCCUCGCAGCUGCAGAACGCUUCCACACCCCCCACCCUGGGGCCUGGACCACUGCUAAACUCAGCCCCCAGCCUGCCAAACCCACUUCUACCUCAGACCACCGCCAGCAGCGUCAUCUUCCCUAACCCGCUGGUCAGCAUCGCGGCCACGGCCAACGCACUGGACCCCCUGUCGGCCCUCAUGAAGCACCGCAAGGGCAAGCCCCCAAACGUGUCCGUGUUCGAGCCCAAGGCCAGCGCUGAGGAUCCCUUCUUUAAGCACAAGUGCAGGUUCUGUGCCAAGGUGUUUGGGAGCGACAGCGCCCUGCAGAUCCACCUGCGCUCCCACACCGGCGAGAGGCCCUUCAAGUGCAACAUCUGCGGAAACCGAUUCUCCACGAAGGGCAACCUGAAGGUCCACUUCCAGAGGCACAAGGAGAAGUACCCCCACAUCCAGAUGAACCCCUACCCCGUCCCGGAGUACCUGGACAAUGUGCCCACCUGCUCUGGAAUUCCCUACGGGAUGUCGCUGCCUCCAGAGAAGCCAGUGACCACCUGGCUGGACAGCAAGCCCGUGCUGCCCACGGUGCCCACGUCGGUCAGCCUGCAGCUCCCGCCCACUCUCCCCGGCGUCAGCAGCUAUGCCGACUCCCCCAGCCUCACCCCCGCCAGCCGCUCCCCACAGCGGCCCUCGCCCGCGUCCAGCGAAUGCACUUCUUUGUCCCCUGGCCUCAACAGCUCCGAGCCAGGCAUCCCCGUGACCGCGGAGUCCCCGCAGCCAGUGCUCGGUGGGUCUUUGACCAAAAUCGAGCAUGUGAGCCUGCCUUGCGCAAACGCCAGGUCAGGGCAUGUCCCCGCCGGCGGGCAGGUCUCCACCGUGUCCACAUCGGCCGCCACUGCCCUCACGGACAGCAGUGUAUCCACAGGCCUCUGCAGCCCAGUCCUCCCGGCCGGCUCUGACCAGUUCAGGGCGAAGUUCCCCUUCGGAGGGCUGCUGGACUCCAUGCAGACAUCGGAGACCUCCAAGCUGCAGCAGCUGGUGGAGAACAUCGACAAGAAGAUGACGGACCCCAACCAAUGCGUCAUCUGCCACCGCGUGCUGAGUUGCCAGAGCGCCCUGAAGAUGCACUACCGGACGCACACGGGGGAGCGGCCCUUCAAGUGCAAGAUCUGCGGGCGCGCCUUCACCACCAAAGGCAACCUGAAGACGCACUUCGGGGUGCACCGCGCCAAGCCGCCCCUGCGCGUGCAGCACUCCUGCCCCAUCUGCCAAAAGAAGUUCACCAACGCCGUGGUCCUCCAGCAGCACAUCCGCAUGCACAUGGGGGGGCAGAUCCCAAACACCCCGCUGCCCGAAGGCUUCCAGGACGCCAUGGACGCCGAGCUCCCGUAUGACGAGAAGGCCGCGGAAGCCCUGAGCAGCUACGACGACGACAUGGACGAGAACUCCAUGGAGGAGGACACCGAGCUGAAGGACACGGCUGGUGACCCGUCCCAGCCACUCCCGUCCUUCUCGGGCUCCUGUCCACCCUCCCCACCGUCCGUCAUUUCCAGCAUCGCAGCCCUGGAGAACCAGAUGAAAAUGAUCGACUCUGUCAUGAGCUGUCCACAGCUGACCACCUUGAAGUCUGUGGAGAAUGGGUCCGGGGAGAGCGACCGCCUGAGCAAUGACUCCUCAUCUGCCGGGGGCGACCUGGAGAGCCGGAGUGCAGGCAGUCCGGCCCUGUCCGAGUCAUCGUCCUCCAUGCAGGCCUUGUCCCCCGUGAACAGCAACGGCGAGAGUUUGCACUCCAAGUCCCCCGGCCUCGGCCACCGGGAGGAGCCCCAGGAGAUACCUCUCAAGACCGAGAGGCCAGACAGUCCACCCCCUGCCCCCGAAAACGGAGGCGCGCUGGACCUGACGGCCACCCACCCCGGCCGGCCGGCCAUCAAGGAGGAGGCCCCCUUUAGCCUGCUGUUCCUGAGCAGAGAACGGGGUAAGUGUGACAGCGCUGUGUGUCGUGUCUGUGCCAAGCCUUUUGCUUGCAGGAGCGCGUUGGAAAUCCACCACCGCAGCCACACUAAGGAGCGUCCGUUUGUCUGUGCGGUCUGCAGGCGCGGGUGCUCCACUAUGGGUAAUUUAAAGCAGCACUUACUGACCCACAAGUUGAAAGAGCUGCCUUCUCAGUUACUUGACCCCAACUUUGCUCUAGGUCCCAGCCAAAGCUCUCCUAGCCUGGUCGCCGCCUCCACGCCUGCCACGAUCAAAAUGGAGGUGAACGGGCACAGCAAGGCCGUCGCGCUGGGCGAGGGCCCGGCGCUGCCGGCGGCAGUCCAGGUGCCCGCCGGGCCGCAGACAGUGAUGAGCCCCGGCCUCGCGCCCAUGCUGGCCCCGCCGCCGCGCCGGACGCCCAGGCAGCACAACUGCCAGUCGUGCGGGAAGACCUUCUCCUCAGCCAGCGCCCUGCAGAUCCACGAGCGCACCCACACCGGGGAGAAGCCGUUCGGCUGCACCAUCUGUGGCAGGGCGUUCACCACCAAGGGCAACCUCAAGGUGCACAUGGGCACGCACAUGUGGAAUAACGCUCCUGCGAGGCGCGGCCGCCGCCUGUCGGUGGAAAACCCCAUGGCUCUGCUAGGUGGUGACGCCCUGAAGUUCUCAGAAAUGUUCCAGAAGGAUCUGGCAGCACGAGCCAUGAACGUCGACCCCAGUUUUUGGAACCAGUAUGCCGCAGCGAUCACAAACGGUCUGGCCAUGAAGAACAACGAGAUUUCCGUCAUCCAAAACGGAGGCAUCCCCCAGCUCCCAGUAAGUCUCGGCGGCAGCGCCAUCCCCCCCUUGGGUUCCCUGACCACGGGGAUGGACAAAGCGCGCACCGGCAAUAGCCCGCCCAUCGUGGGUUUGGACAAAACAAACUCCGACACGGGAGCCAGCCGUCCGUUCACGAGGUUUAUUGAGGACAACAAGGAAAUUGGCAUUAACUAGCCGUGCACGGCUCCGUCCGUCUGCUCUGUCCCUGUGCGCGCUGUGAGGUGUGACUGCUGAGAGGGUGUUUCACAGGCGCUGGGUGGUACUUCUUUCCACGGCGAGCUUGACUGUUCUUGAGAACUCGGCAACCUUUUAAAUAAAUUUAUAAAAAAAAAAAAAAAAAGAAGUCCUUGGGAAACCACCUUGGGAAUGGAAAGGGCUCAGACCUCAUCCACUUCGUUUCUCCUAAAACCUAAUAAUCCCCGAGAAGGAGAGGGGGGGUCCCCUGCGAUAUUCUAGUGAAACUCAUUCGAUGGUUUUGUUCGAAUUAGUUAGAAACUUGAACUGUUUUUAGAACUCUUAUCUUAAAGACAUGGUCCAGUACUCCCCACGCUGUGUCUCAUGGCAGUACUGUUGUCUAUAGUAUUUAUAAUGUUAAGAUUAUGCGGGUAACAGACAAUACAGCCCCAACUUUAAAGGAAACUUUUGUACUGCAGAAUACAUCUGGCUGUGUGAUUUUGUUUUUUUAAAGCAAGAUUUGUUUUACUAUAAAUAAGUGGAUUAUUUCAAUGCAGGCAAAAUUGUGAAGUUCUGUUGGGAAAGAUAGCAUGCUAUUGUGUGCAAGUACCUGUCAGUAACAAGCCUUUUUUUUUUUUUUUUUUUUUAAUUUAAAUGUUUGUAGCUGCUAUGUGGACAGUUGUUCUCUAGUGUAGUCUGUAGCCCAGUGAUUGGGCACAAGUUGCAGACAAACGUCACCGUAAAUUAUUCACAACAUUAUAAACAGUUGUGAGUAAAUAUUUCACGUUAUCAAAGCUGUACAAUAAAAGGUAAUGUUUGUAUAAUGUGGUUGCAAACUCUUAAUUUAUACUAUUGCACUUUUAGUAUUUUGUAUUUGGGAGGUUUAUCUAUAAUUUGAAAAUUUAAAAAGUUGUAAACUAUUUUAUAAAUAGUACUUUGGUUUAAGGAAAAUGAAAAAAAAGUUAUAAUUUCUUGUUUUGUCUUAAGGUCAAACAAUAUGAGAAAUCUAUGCCACUUAAACAGAAAAGCCACCAACACUUGUCAUUUCCUCAGUAAACUAGGGCCUGCCAUUUCUUGAAUUAAAAUGAUUUAUUUAACUUUUCUACAAAGCCCAUUUAAAAACUUGACCACCGCUGACAAAACUUGGAUGCAUUAAUCUUAGGACUGUGACGCCCAUACAAGCCAGGAACUAACUAAGGGUCAUUGUGUAGGUAUAAUUUUACUGUGAUCUUUGCUGUCUCUUUCUCACACACCCACGAACAGGAUUCUGACUGCCUGCGAGUACUGGUUAUUGUGUACAGUGAACUGAGAAGAAAUAUCGGGUGUCUGGCAGUAUAAUCGGUUGUAAGUGGGAAAUUCUCCGAGUUCCUGAUUUAUUUAUUAUCUUCUCAGAUGAAAACAAAGCACAAUGUCAUCUGAUUAGUCAGAAUUCAGUCUUAAGCUAGUGACUUCAUUUAAACUGCUUCAAGUAAGGAAAGGGACCCUUGACGGGCACGGGGGGCUGAGUUCGGAGCCUGCACGGGUGCGGUCGUGAGCUCUACCUCGUUUUGUGCGGUGCCAGCGUGCUGGGGUCUGACUGUGGACCUUCUCCACCGACACUGUUGCAGAGGUGUCAUGGGUAGCUGGGUGACAGUGCAAGGAGUGUGUGCCCCUGAAGAAGGAAUCAGACGGUGAAGUCGUCUGUUGAAACAGAAAAAUAGGACAAUCUUUCCAACACAACUGCAGCAACAACACAAUCACAUCAAGUCAUUGAACAAAAAGCAUUUUGAAGACUCAUAAAUAAGCAGACUUAGCUGUUUAUUUCUAUCAGAAAUGAGCAUUGAACUCUACAGCUCUGUUUCCCACGGUGACGAGAUGGAGCAUGCCCCUGUUGUACCAUCUCGAGUGGGGUGGGCGAGGGGUCUUGACAUUGGGAAAAGAAGGCUGAGGUGGCCUGAUGUUGCUGUGUUUCAGCGGUUGAAUGUGUUAUUAUUUAUCUGUGUCCUUUUUGGUGUGGAUUUUUUUUUGGUUAGUAUUUGGUACCAUGUAGUGUCCUCUCUUCUCCCAAAAGGAUGUGUACAUAACUUACAAAAAGAGGAAUGUACAGUGUUGUAAAUAAGAUGGCUCGUGGAGGGACGGUGAGACUGAGCCUGUCUGUGUCAGGGCUGGGCCACCCCUCUCUGCAUGGUGAAGAGAGACACUAUUUUUCUAUUGCAAUACCAUGUGGGGCCGGUGGCCUCCCUGAACCAGCUGGGAAUCGUUCUCUAGAUCCAAUAUUUUUUAUGAUAAAAUCUGUGGCUCGACACAUCUGCUAAUUGAAAUGGAUGUCUUAGUCUAGGUUACUAUUUUUGUCAUAUGGAAUUGAAUAAAAUGCAGGAUGUAAUAUUA